UUUCCGUUGACUUACUCUUCUUCUCUUCCUCGGCUUCUUUUUAAAUACACCUCGGUGAAGAGCAGCAGGAGAAAAACAUUUUAACAUCAUUUUCUGUAAAACAAACACACAAAACACCGUCGGAUUGUACUGUCAUGGCGGAGGAAAGACACACUUAGGCAGAAGAAGAGUCUAAACUCUGGACAGAACCUGAUCCCUCUGCAGGCACCAUGAGGUGACGACUGUGACAUCUUGUAUUUAGUCCACCGGGACAUAUGGCCAGGAUCACGUUCUCCUGCCUGCCGGCCUCCUGGUACUGCAGCGUGUCCCUGCUGUCUCUGGGCUGUGCUCCCCGGCAGAGGCUGCUGCUGCUGCUCUUCCUCACCUCCGCCCUCCUCCUCAUGGGAACCUACCAGAGGCAGCUGUGGGGCCUGGGGCAGCGGCGGCCCGGGUCCCGAGUCAACAAGUACCUCUCCAUUGCUGAGACCAUGGAGGCCACUGACGUCCUGAACCCGGCUCUGAAUUACGGCAUCGUGGUGGACUGUGGCAGCAGCGGCUCCCGGGUCUUUGUGUACUACUGGCCCCCCCACAACGGGAACCCUCACACACUGCUGGACAUCAGGCAGAUGAAGGACCGCGACCGCAAACCUGUGGUCAAGAAAAUCAAACCUGGAAUCUCCACCCUGGCCACCACUCCGACUCGGGCCAGUGAUUACCUCUACCCUCUGCUCAGCUUCGCUGCAACUCACGUCCCGAGGAACAAACACAAAGAGACCCCGCUCUACAUCCUCUGCACCGCCGGCAUGAGGCUGCUGCCGGACAGCCAGCAGGCGGCCAUCCUGGAGGACCUGGUCACUGACGUUCCGGUGGAUUUCGACUUCCUGUUCUCCAGCUCUCACGCUGAGGUCAUCUCUGGGAAACAAGAAGGAGUGUAUGCGUGGAUCGGGAUAAACUUUGUGUUGGGCCGCUUCGAUCACGCUGACGAUGAGGAAGCCACGGUGGAGGUGACAACGGGCUCUCAGAACCAGCAGCCAAUCAGCAGGCGGCGCACUGUGGGCAUCAUGGAUAUGGGCGGGGCUUCACUGCAGAUCGCCUACGAGGUCCCGAGCGCCAUCACCUUCAGCUCUCCACAGGAAGAGGAGGCGGGGAAGAGCGUGCUGGCCGAGUUUAACCUGGGCUGCGACGUGGAGCACACGCAGCACGUCUACAGAGUCUACGUCACCACCUUCCUCGGCUUCGGAGGAAACAUGGCCCGGCAGCGCUACGAGGAGCAGCUGCUCAACAAAACAUUCACCAAGAACAGGUUCCUGACCACACAGCUGGGCCUGAGCGAGGACAAGCCGUACCUGGACCCGUGUCUGCCGCUCAGCCUGGCGGACAGCGUGGUGAGGGACAACCGGACGCUGAGCCUCAGAGGUCAGGGGGACUGGACCCGGUGUCAGGAGGCCGUCAGACCCUUCCUCGGGCUCCACAACGGCACCAUGUCCCCGGGGGGCGUUUUCCAGGCUCCCAUCAACUUCAGUAACAGUGAGUUUUACGGCUUCUCGGAGUUCUUCUACUGUACGGAGGACGUGCUGCGACUGGGAGGAUCGUACGACAGCCAGAAGUACUCCAGAGCUGCUAUGGACUACUGCGCCACCAAGUGGUCGACACUGAAGCAGCGUCUGGACAACAAGCUGUUCUCUCAGCAGGCUGACGUCAGCAGACUCAAGUAUCAGUGCUUCAAGUCGGCUUGGAUGUACGAGGUGUUGCACUCCGGCUUCCGGUUCCCCACCGACUACCCGAGCCUGAGAACGGCUCAGCUGGUUUAUGAUAAGGAGGUGCAGUGGACUCUUGGAGCCAUCUUGUUCAAAACACGCUUCCUGCCUCUCAGGGACCUGCAGCAGGAGACGCUCCGGCAGAAUCACCCCAGCUGGCUGCGCUCGUCCUUCGUCUACAACCACCACCUGUUCUCCCUGUGCAUCCUGGUGGUGGUGCUGGCCAUCCUGCUCUACAUCCUGCGGCUGCGGAGGAUCCACCAGCGCGAGCAGCGGCAGGGCGAGACCCUCAACCUGCUGUGGGCCGAGGAGGGGGAGGCCCUGCUCGCCUGAGACUACAGCACCUAAACACUGAAGUGCGUGAGUCCGUAGGAACCUGGAGUUACUCACCAGCUCAGGCCAGAUUGUUUUUUACAUGGAAGAAGAUACUUUAAUGGAAUCAAACUCCACCAAUUAUUCUUCGAUCAUGCAGCUUUAAACACAGAGCCCAUCACAGACUGGAAUAAUGUUCUCUGUGUCUCCUCUUCGGAGGAAAGAAAUCAACCUGAAGCAACAGGAGUAUCAUCAACCUCCGAUUGCUCCCUGAUCUGAAGCCAUGUUUCUGUGAGCUGCUCGGCUUCGUUCACCUGGAUCCAGCAGGUCGUAAAUGUCUUCACUCCUGAGCAGAAGAAGAUGGGAUUAUAUAUCUCUGGAAGACUGUUAAACGUCCAUUCAGGAAGCUGUCUUCAGGCACAUUAGGAGUGUUUCUAUUCGGGUUCAUAUGUUUCUAUAGCUUUCCGUGAUAAAUAUGUGCGUGGGAGGAAGGUCUUUGCCACACCUGCAGGCAGCGUGGCUCACCCUGAUCACUCUGGGGAUAUUAAUCUAGGUUAAUCAUUUCAGAACAUGACCAGAUACCUCUCAGACACAUCCAGCUGUACUUUGAUAUCACGGUUAAUGUGAUGAACGAGGAGGUGAACACAUUCCCAUGUUUACACCGUUUGAUUCAACAUAUUUGCAUGACUUGGUCAUUUGAUGGUUAAAAUGUCUAACAGGACUUUUUUAAAUUUCACAAUAUAACUUCACAUUUCGUUUUCAUCGACUUUAACGACAUCUUUGACUGACAUCAGGUUUUAUUUUGUAAUUUUUUUCAACCCAUUCCUAGUUAUGAAACCUGGUAUUGAUUACAGUGACUCUGCAAUACCUGCUGAAUAUGAGCUGUCAGAAUGUCAAACAGGAACUCUGUUAGCUUUAGUUUGUUUACUCCGAUGGUUACGUAUUGUUAAAGCGUUUCCAAGUGGUUUUAUUUUUCUCCAGAGUCUGCUACUACCAUCACAAUUUGCAAAUUCCUUUCCACAGGAGAGUGUUCUCAGUGAAAGGCUCUUCUGCUAACACCGCUGUCUCUACCCCUCGCUGCUCACAACACGAUGCAUGAUGACCAAUACACAACUGAGCGUGCGAAGGCGAUGAUGACCACUGCACAGGCUUAAUAUAUUUUAGAUUUUAAGGCUUUGUGUCGCUAACUGAGUCUUAAUUUUCCUGGGAGGUCGCCCCUGGAGGCAGUCGGAGUGAAACCAAGGCUGAAAGGGGACUGACUCUUCAUGUAGAAUGUGUCAUUGAUGUGCCGAUAUAUCCUUUUCUUCGUCGUGACAAAUACAAUGUUUUUAUUUAGUUUAGUUAAAGCUGAAGGAAGCAAAUCUGACAGUGUAGAACUGAGCCUGAAAAAAACUGAGCCUGAAAUGUCCCAGAGUGGCCACUGUACAGGAAGCAAUCUUACAUUGUGGGAGGACAUUUCAUCCCUGGUGCUACAGAUUUAUCUAGAUUGUAUAUUUCACUGGAUCUGACCUUUGAGCAUUUCAUAACAGAUAUAUAACGACAGUCCCUUUGCGCUCAGUGUCUGAAACCCCCUUUUUUUUACCACUAUUACAGCAGUUGAAAUGUCCCCACACCAUCAGUGACAUCACCCUGAGAGCAGCUCCCCUCUCCCGCCAUCAGAGAUAGGGUUUCUCCUCCUGGGAUGAUUCCCUUCAGGCCGAUGAUGUCAGUCGCUCUGAUAAUCGUCUGCCACUUUUGUCCUGUCGAGACCUCCGUCCAGCGCCGAUGUUUAUCAGGUCGGAGAGACGCAGCCUGGAGGCUUUUUAGAUAAAAUAAGCUCCGGGAUCUGCUCAGUGUUUGGAUUAAGGCGCUGACAGCCGACGAAGGCCCCAGAGGCUCCGUUUUAAACUGAUAUAAUGCAAUAACUCCAUGAAAAAAGGGUUAAAAUGGAUGGAAAAACGGGCAGAUAAGAUCAAAAUACGAGUGAAAUUUCCAAAUCGGUUCUCAAAAUCAAGCCUUACCCUGAAUCAAAGGGUCUAUUUUAAUCAGUUUUUACAUGUUAUGUUUCAAAGCUGUAAAUGAUGCCACUUAUGUUUUUAGUUGUGUUAUGUGUGCAAGAGACCAUGACGACGCAAAAAAAACUGGGAGUCUUUUGCUUUUUAAUGUCCAAAAAGUUCUCAAUUUGUAAUUUACUUUUUGAUUUUAAUGUGGGGCAUGAUUCGUCUAAUAACAUGAGGAUUCCCACGGUUUGAAAUGUGUAAUGUGAUUCCUCUUGUGCUGAAUCUGAAUCCUCUUUGUCUGUCCUGACACAGAUGAGAUGUGACGUGUGUGUGUGAGUGUGUGUGAGAGACCUUCCUCUCCUCAUCUCUACCUUGAAAAGACUUCAAAUCCAGAUCCAGAACUCACAGUAGAGAUGUAAACAGGUACAAAGUGAUCCCUGUUUUACUCCCUCCUGAUUCCUGAUGCUCCUCUGAUGUCCCCCCCUCCUCACUCGGGACCAAUAUCUGAUCGCUGGGCUUUGUGCAAUGUUUCACAGUAAUUCACUGACUCUGAUGUUUUUAAUUACGGUACCUUUUAACAGCAAUGUGAUUAUAAAACCAAUCUGAUAAAGGAUCCUUUUUCUAAUAAAAUCAUGUCUUUGAG